AUGAUGAUACGUUACUACCUUGGGAAUCCUGUGCUACCACAAUGGAUCCAACUUCCUCUUCCUCCUUCUCCUCCCAGAGAGGAACAUUCGCCAUUCCGUGAUGGUUUCUGUGACUCGGGACUUGUGACACGAAUGCACAGUAGAUGGAGUGUUACGCACGUCUCUUGUCCUGGUCUUGGUGUUUCUUUGCCCAGCACAUCCAUCCCCAUUUCUUUGAAUGGGAAACUCCACUGGCUUGGUUACCACGGCCGUAUCAUUGUCCAUGAUUUCUUCUCUCACAAGGCUCAAGUUCUAGCCAUAAGCCUACCCGCCAACUUGCACCGGGCUCGAGGCUUUUGCAAAUCUAAGAUGAUCAGCACCACCUCGCAAGGUUACUAUGUGAUCAUUGAUGCAGAACUGAUCAACAGAUAUAACGUUAGGGUUUGGAGGCUAAAGAGAGAUUCUCGGAGCUGGGAAAAAGCGUGGGAAGUCAACUUGGCUCGUGUAGGGCUUGGCUGUAGCUGUGUUCCAAUGGCAAUCAACUUUUUUGAUAUCCACGACAUCUACUUAUGGGACUUGGAACACAAACGUUUCGUCGCUUGUAAUCUCCGGACACUUGCAAAAUCUUAUGGAGCUCGUAAAGUUGGUACACAAAUCGACUCUAGUUUUGAAAACGCUUUUGAAACCGUUUACAAGGAAGAUACUUUCUGCUUGGAGUCACGUUCGUUGCUUUUGCAAUUUGUUCCGUCCUUGCAAGUCCUACCUACAAUUUUGGUGGGACACAGACCGUGA